AUGGCUCUCUCACCAGACCGCCCUCCACCACCACCCUCGCUCCCCAACUGUACAUCGCACACAGAACUCGGCCAGGGCGCAUUCGGCUCCGUCUACAAGGCACUCAACUGGACCACGGGCGAGACAUGCGCCGUCAAGCAGAUCGACCUGCGGCACAUCCCCGAGAGCGAGCUGCCCGACAUCAUGUCCGAGAUCGACCUCCUCAAGAACCUGCAUCACCCCAACAUCGUCCAGUACCGCGGCUACGCCCGCACCUCGACGUCGCUCUACAUCGUCCUCGAGUACUGUGAGAACGGCUCGCUGUCGGCCAUCAUCAAGAAGUUUGGCCGCAUCCCCGAGUCGCUCGUGGGCCUGUACACGCUCCAGGUCCUCCAGGGCCUCCUGUACCUGCACGACCAGGGCGUCAUCCACCGCGACAUCAAGGGCAGCAACAUCCUCGCCACAAAGGAGGGCAGCAUCAAGCUCGCCGAUUUUGGCGUCGCGACCCGCGUCGGCUCGCUCCCCGACUCGUCCGUCGUCGGCUCGCCGUACUGGAUGGCGCCCGAGGUCGUCGACCAGUCGGGCGCGUCCCCCUCGAGCGACAUCUGGUCCCUCGGCGCCCUCGUCGUCGAGCUCCUGACGGGCAAACCCCCGUACCACCACCUCGACCCGAUGCCGGCCCUGUUCCGCAUCGUCAACGACCCAGAUGGCCCACCGCUCCCUCCAGGCGCGAGCGCCGGCGUGCGCGACUUUCUCGCCCAGUGCUUCCAGAAGGAUGGCAACCUGCGCGUCGGCGCGAGGAAGCUCCUGCGCCACCCGUGGAUGGUCGCCGCCAAGCGCCAGGCCGACGCGCAGCGCGAGGAGAGCGACGCGCGGGAGGCGGCGGCCCGAGCGACGAACGGCGACGGCGGCGGCGGCGGCGGCGGCAGGGGCGCGAGGGCAGGAGCGAGUGGACGAGGGAACGAGGAGCGGGACGAGCGGACGAGCGGGGCGGCGAGGCCGGCGAGCACGUACGAGGACGAGGUGCGCGUCGUCAAGGAGUGGAACGAGGCGCUCAGAGCCAACCCCGCCGCACCUCGCGCGCCGACCGCCCUUCCUGCCCCUCGCCUUCCUCUCCGACCUCGCGGCGCCGCAGCGCUCGCCCACCCUUCCUCCUCGUCUUCCUCCGCAUCGCCGCAUCUCUCAGCCGCAACCUCGCCCUCGCCCUCGACCGCGCCGAGCCCUGCUGCACAUUCGCUCGCGAGCGCGCUCCUGCACCCCUCGUCCUCCUCCUCGACCGCCGCCCUCCCUGCGCUCGCCCACCCCUCGUCCUCCUCAACGCCUCUCUCGCUCGAACUCGACAGCGGCACCGCCUCUCUCGCUGCCGGCGCCGGCGCCGCCGAGCGCGACAGCGACAGCGACAACUGGGACAGCGACUUUGAGGAGGGCAUCUCGGUCGGCAAGAUCCACGCCGUCGCGGCGUCGCCGGCCGGGUCGGCGAGCGAGGCGUCGGCGAGGGCGGCGUCGUCUGAGGAGGACGGCGAGGGCGAGGGUGCGGGCGAGGACGGGUGGCAGGGCAACUCGCUCACGAUUCGGCCGAAUCGGCCGGUCGCGGCGGGCGCGAGCAGGGGCAAGGCGGGUGCGGCAGGAGGAGCGGGAGGUGUGCCGCUGGGCCAGAUCGUCGAGGACUACUCGGACCUGCUCGGUGGGGAGGAGGACGGCGAGGGCGGGCGAGGGGACGCGUUCGCGCUCCGGGUCAGCAGCUUCAAGGCCAAAUCUGCCGCCCGCCCUCAGCUCCUCCGACCCUCGGACCUCGUCGCCCUCUCGCACUCGGCCCUCAGCUCGCCCGCCUCGUCGCCACCUCAACCCGUGCGCCCAGGUCACAGCCGCACGCCGAGCGCGAUCGAGAAGUACACCGAGCACGAUGAGGACGACUACGACGAGGUGUUUGCCGGCGGCGGCGCGAGCUGGGGGAGGAGCGGUGUCGAGACGGACGGGAGCCUCAAGCUCAACACGCGCCUGUCGAGCCGGUCGUGGCUCGGCGACGAGGACUCGGACGAGGACGACCCGUUCGCGCUCGACGACGCGUCGUCCCUCUCGGUCGCGCUCGCGGACGCCGGCUCGGGCGCCGACGCGGGCCUGUUCGAGUACAGCGCCGCCGACCUCGAGCGCGAUCAGCUCGCACGACAGUGCGCCCUCGUCGGCGAGCUCGUCGAGACCGUGUCGGGCGCGGCGGCGGCGGUCGGUCUGGGCGGCGGGAGCAGGCGAGAGCGGGACGGCGAUGGGCCCGAGGUGCUCGAGGCGGCGCUGCAACUGGUCGGGCUCCUCGAGGACUCGCUCAACGCUCGGGCCCACUUCCUCAAGUGCCACGGCGUGCUCGUCAUCCUCGAGGCGCUGCGGGUCGCCAGGUCUCGCGAGGGACUGAGCGUCCUGCUGCGUGUGGUCAACCUUAUCGUCGGCUCGGACCCGAGCACGCUCGAGAAGGUCGCCCUCAUCGGCGGCUGCCCUGUCGUCGUCAGCUUCGCCUCGCGCCGGUUCCCGCGCGAGAUCCGCCUCGAGGCGGCCCUCUUCAUCGGCGCCAUGUGCCGCACCUCGCUCUUGACGCUGCAGAUGUUCGUCUCGUGCCAGGGCCUGCGCACGCUCGUCGAGAUGCUGGACGAGGACUACGAGGAGAGCAAGGACCUCAUCUGGAUGGCCGUCGACGGCGUCUGCCGAGUCUUCGAGAUGAACGGCCCGACACCGCGCAACGACUUUUGCCGCAUCCUGACGCAGGAGGGCCUCCUCGACCCGCUCUCGAACGCGCUCCUCGCCGUCUGCGGCGACCCGGACGACCUCGCCGAGAGCGCCAAGGCCAAGAUCGUCCACGUCCUGCUCCUGUUCGCCCAGUCGGACCACAAGGUCAAGGAGGCCAUGGCGCGCCGGUCGAUCCUCGUUCGUCUCGUCAAGGCCGCCAACGUCCUCGAGCCGGACCUUCUCGCCAUCCUGCUCAAGACGGUCAAGAACCUGUCGAUGCUGCCGGCCGCGCUCGACCCGCUCCAGCAGGCCGGCACGAUCGGCAUGCUCGUCUCGCUCCUCGGGCAGACGUAUCGGGGCCGCCUCGGCGCAGAGAUCCAGAACCACGCCGUCAACGCCCUGUUCAACCUUUGCCGGCUCAGCAAAGCUCGUCAAGCCGAGGCGGCAGCAGCAGGCGCCAUCCCGCUCCUGCAGCAGAUCGUCCGCGACAACUCGCCGCUCAAGCAGUUUGCGCUCCCCGUCCUGUGCGACUGCGCGCAUGCGGGCAAGGCGACAAGGAGGCUGCUGUGGCAGCACGACGGCAUGGCGCUGUACCUGCGCCUGCUCACCGACGCCUUCUGGGUCAACCCGGCUCUCGAGGCCAUUCUCGUCUGGCUGCAAGACGAGCCGAUCCGGGUCGGUCAGUGCCUCCUCGAGCAGACCGCCGUCGACGCGCUCGUGCGCCUCUUCUGCCGGACCAAGAGCACCGUCUUCGACAACCUCCUCGAGCCUCUUCACAAGAUCUUGCGCACCUCGCCCGUCCUUGCCGCCUCGCUCGCCGUCCAGAGCGGCUUCCUCAAGCGCCUCGUCGAGCGUCUCGAGCGCGCCUCGAAAGCUCUCGUCCGCCUCAACCUCCUGCGCAUCACCAAGACCGUCUACGACUCGCUCGCUGCGCCCUCGAGCGCGAUGGCCGACGGCCGCCGGGACCGCGACAAGGCGGUGCGGAUCCUCGACGCGCCCGUGUCCCGCAUCGCGCGCGACGACAAGGCCGUCUUGAGCCGACAGCUCGCGAGGAGCCUCGUCGCCGAGUUUGAGGCGAGCCGCGACGAGGCGAGGAGGGCGCUCGCGAGGGGAGGAGCGGGAGGAGCAGGUCCGGGCGCUGCGGCGCUCGGCAGGAGAGCGAGCGCGAGGAGGAGCGUGUCGGAGAGUGCGGCGGGGACGGUACCCGUCGUCGGCGGCAGCAGGAGAGGGGGCGGAGCGAUGGACAGCCCGUCGUCGUCGUUCGCCUCGAGGAGGCACAGCCGCACGCCGAGCACGCUCGGUACGUCGGCGCCUGCCUCUGCGCCCGCCUCGACGUCGGUGUCGACGGCUCGCAGGCCGAGGCUCGACGCCGUCGUGGACGGUCAGGCGCCGUCGACGCCGGCUCGGCGCCGAGAGCUUUGA